AAUUGCGUGGCAGAUGGGGAAAGGACACCUCGGAAAUUAAGAUUCAAUAUUCGGAUUCGCUUCGAGACGCGCGUAAAGAGAUCGAUGACGGAGCGAGAAGAAAGGCCGAGAUCGACGUUAAAGUGGCCCGUCUCCGGGAUGACCUGGCCGAGCUGCGCAAUCGCUACGAGGACGUACAGCACCGUCGNGAAUCCGACCGCGAGAAGAUCACCCAAUGGCAGCACUCCAUCGAAGACGCCCAAUCCGAACUCGAGAUGCUCCGCGCCCGAUGGAGACAGUUGACCGACGAGGAGAAACGACUGAACGGCGAUAACGCACGCAUCUGGGACGAACUGCAGAAGGCCAGAAACGACCUGGACGAGGAGACUCUCGGUCGGAUCGACUUCCAGAAUCAAGUGCAGACACUGAUGGAAGAGCUGGAAUUCUUGCGUCGUGUACACGAACAAGAAGUCAAGGAGUUACAGGCCCUUUUGGCGCAAGCGCCCGCAGACACCCGCGAGUUCUUCAAGAACGAGUUGGCGUUGGCGAUUCGCGACAUCAAAGACGAAUACGACUAUAUCGCCAAACAAGGCAAGCAGGACAUGGAGAGCUGGUACAAACUCAAGGUAUCGGAAGUCCAGGGAUCAGCCAAUCGUGCCAAUAUGGAAUCGACCUAUCAACGUGAAGAAGUCAAGCGAAUGCGCGAUAAUAUCGGUGACCUU